UACAGACAUAUUAGAUGCAAAUAAAUUGUUUAUGUAAUUUACAUUGCGCGUAAUUUCCGCGUAAAUGUUCAUUUUUCACACUAGUUGCGUUAGGAAACCGAGUGUUUCUGAACGAUUUCCUCUCUAUCUCCCUCGAACGUACAUUUGACAUUUGACAGCAGUCCAAGUAAAAAUGUCUGUAUUAUUUCAAACUUUGGUAAAUAAAGGAAAAAUACAUCUGUUUAGAAAUUUAUUAAAAUCCACACCGUCCUCAUGUAAAUGUUUACUUGUCCGCAAACAUUCAGAUGGAGCACAGAGAUUUGUAUCUUUUGAUGAAGUUGUGGCCCAAAGGAGAGCAGAAGCAAGACGAAGUAUUGUGGUCCAGGUCAACUCAGAGGCUUCGUUCAAUGAAUUAUACGGUUAUUGUUCAAAGUAUGCCACUAUUGCUGGAGUACAUCAUUACAAAAAUACUGGUGGAGAGCAUUUCAUGCUUAUUGAAUUUAGCUCCGAAGAUAACUUGAAAGAAAUAAUAAAGUCAUGUAGUACGCACCAAAAAGAUCUAGAUGUUAUGGCCCUGAACUCUCCAUUCUUGUGGUUCAGAGCUGCUUCUGGGAAAAAGGAAGUCUUUAAAACACCGAGUAUGACACUAUCUUCCAUGGAUGGGUGCUCAAUGGUAGAUGAAGAUGAACUGUUCCAAGAGUUACUCAAGUGUGACACUGUGUCGGAUCAAAUCCAGCUCUUGUAUGAUAGGACUAAGCUAAAUGAUUUGGGAAUAAGACUUAGAUACAUGGUUGCCAGACAGGUAGAGUGUGUAUUUGAGAGCUUGUAUGCCAACAUAGCAGUCAGACCUUUUGGCUCAUCUGUCAAUGGCUUCGGGAAAAUGGGAUGUGAUCUGGAUCUAGUGCUGACCAAUACUCUGACUGAAGAAAUGUGGAAUGAAUUAUACCAUGCAAAUGUAAGGAGGGCUCAAGUAAAGCAAAAGAUGAAAAGUAAAUCAAAACACAACCAUAGUGUCAGCAGACUGGGCCCCUUAGACGAAAGCAGCGCGCACAAGCGGCUGGUGUUCCAGGACAAGCGCUGCGAGGGCGGGCGCUCGCCGCGGCAGCGCCACAUGGAGAGCGUGGCCGAGCUGCUGGAGCUGCGCGUGCCCGGCGCCGCGCGCCUGCAGCGCAUCCUGCACGCGCGCGUGCCCAUCGUCAAGUUCGCGCACGACUACACCGACCUCGACUGCGACCUCUGCUACAAUAACAUGUCGGGCGUCCACAUGUCGUCGCUGCUGUGGUCGCUGGGCGGGCUGGACGCGCGCGUGCGGCCGCUGACGUUCGCGGUCCGGCGCUGGGCGCAGGCGGCCGCGCUCACCAACCCUCACCCCGGUCGCUGGAUCACCAACUUCCCGCUCACGCUCAUGGUGCUGUUCUUCCUGCAGAACACGCCCGGCGGCUGCGUCCUGCCCACUGUUAAAACCUUGGUGCAGAGGGCCGGUAAAGAGGACGUCAGAAUAGCUGAAGAGAACUUAAACUGUACAUUCCUGCGUGAUAUGAACAAGCUCCCGCCGGAGUGCUACUCACAGAACAAAGCCAACCUGCAGACCUUACUGCUACAAUUCUUCGAGUUUUACUCUCAAUUCAACUUCCAGGAUAAAGCUAUAUCGAUCAAUGAAGGAACGGCCAUCAGGAAACCUAACUCAUUACCUCUAUAUGUUGUGAAUCCUCUCGAGCAAGCUCUUAACGUUAGUAGAAAUGUUAGCUACGAAGAAUGUGAACGACUGAAGUUAGAAGUGAGGAAUGCAGCGUGGCAGCUCGAGGCCGGCCUCGAAGGACAGAAAAAUGACGACUGGGGCGUGCUUGGACUAGUAGAAAGGAAAACAACUAGAGGGUUAAAAAAAUUACUACGAGUAGGCAAUUCUCAUAGGUUAGUUUCAGUAAAAGACUUAUUUAAUGACACAGAAGAAAGUGUUUCCAAAGAAACGUUAAAAAAUAAACUUGAAAGACUGACCCCAAAAAGCGAUACAGAGAUCGAGAAAAAUGUGAAAGAGAUGAAAGAUACGUUAGGGAAGGACAAAAAAGAUCAGAAGGAACAAAAAGUAGUCAAAAUGAAGUUUAAGAACAAUCAGAUAGCGAGUGAAGUGUUUAGGAUACGAAGAGAUAAGAUUCUCUGAGUGUUCGAGUUGUGUACAUAGCGAGUGACUGUUACGAUAGCUGAUGUCCGGGAGACCGAUGUACUUGAAGCAAUGUUUAAAUUGCAGAGUGAUUGAUAACGUAGACUAAAAAAUGCGUAUCUUAUGUUUAGAGAUAUAAAUAUUUCACCUGCAAGAGAUAUUCCCUAUUUAGUCAGCAUUCUUUUCCAAAA